AAUAAAACAUAACAUGACAUAGAUACUUUAUAAACUAUAUUUUUAUUAAUAAACUAUGAUACGAUUAUUGUAUCAUACAAAUUAUUAUAUUAUUCUGUUUAUUAUCAAUUUUCUAUUAUGUCAUGGAGAUUUUAUGGAUUUAAUCAGUGAAUCAAUUUGUGCAGCUAAAUGUUUGAAAGCAUUUACAAAUUCUUUGACUGAACAAGAUAAAUCAUUUUUAAUACAACGUCCUGAUCUAACUCAACCACAUUGUAUAAAUCAAGAAAAUAAAUGUGCAUUGUGCCUCGAAAUAUGUAAAUGGCCAAGAAGUCAAACCAUAGACUGUUCGGUUUCAUGUCAGAAAUACACUUCCAUGUCAAAUUCAAAUGAAAUAAGUAACUCUAUGUCAACAGUAUUAUCAUCCGCGUCAUCAUCGUCAUCAUCCCACUCCUUGUCAUCUUCCUCAUCGUCGUCUCCAGCCCCUGUGCUUGAAUCACAAAAUAUUAGAUCUACAUGUUUAGAAGCAUGUUAUACAGCUCAACAAGUUUACAGUCAAUCAGAUCAAUUAAAAAAUAAUCCAAAUAAUGCCAUUUGUCCUCGUUUAAAUACAUGGCCGGAAUCAUGUCAACAUACGUGUAAACAUAAUGCUGAUUGUAUACCGUAUGGUUAUACUAAAUGUUGUCAAACGAUGAAAUGUAUCGAAAAUUUACAACAGAAAAGAUUAGUUAAUUAUGUUAAAAAUGUUACGAAAAUUGGUGUAUGCAGUCAAGGUGUUUAUGAUCCUCAAACUGUUCCACCAGUACCUGGGAAACCAAUUGUUAAACAAGUCGAAAAUCCUAUCCAAUUACAUUCAAAUGGUAAAUUCUAUUCACAUUUAGAUCGUUCCAAUAUUUUAUCAAAUGCACAACAUAAUCAGUUAGAAUUAGAUUGGUCAAAUUAUUAUAAUUUAUCAAUUAAUGAGCAUAAUCCAAUUGUAUUUCUUAUUCAACUUCGAAUGUAUUCAACUGUACAAACAUUAAAUUCCCCUUUACAUAAAUCCAUUAAUAGUGUAUCAUUUUUACCAUUGAAUAAUUUCAUUGAGCCAACACAACCAAAUGAAUAUCUAUUUGACAAAUGGACAAACUUAAUUUGGACUACAAAACUUGGAGCAGUUCUAUCUGAUCUUAAUCCAGGAACGUGGUAUCAGUUUCGUUUAUUAGCUAUUUCAAGUGAAGGUUUUGGAGGAUGGGGUGAACCGAGUGAGCCUAUUCGUACACAAGUUCAGUUAAUUCCACCAUCUCGACCUCGAAAUCUCACUGAAAUACGAUCAAGAAUUUUCGAAAAUCAUGUAGAUAGUACAAUUCAUUGGGAUAUUCCAGAGGAAAUAAUGUUCCCGCUCAAAAAGUAUCAGAUAAUAUGGCGUCAAUAUUAUGCAUUUAAUGGAGAAGACAGAAGUUCAUUAACGGAAUACACAGCAAAUGUACCUGGGGAUAAAACAGUAUACUUAAUACAAAAUCUUAAACCAGGAACGACGUAUAAGAUUGAAGUAAAAGCGGUGUCACUUUUUGAAGGAAUAGAAAUGAAAAGUCAUCCGGCCACACUUUAUAUAUCUACAAUACAAAUUCCAUCACAACAAACAGAAGCAGUAUUUACAACUUCCAUACCAACAAAUGAAAGCUGUAUGUGCGGGGAUUCGAAGAGAGACUAUUUAUCGGUUACUGAUCAAUAUUAUGAAAACCAACAACUAAAUGUGAUCUUAUCGUUGAAUGUAAAGAUAAAUAGAGAACAGUUUAAUUUAACUACUCCAAUAGCAAAUAUCAUUUACAUGAUCGAAUGGAUGCCACGAGUUUGUAUUGAAACACAAAAUCAAACAAAUACAGAAUUUAUUGGAACACGAAGAAAAAGAAUAGCAGAAUAUGAACUAAGAAAUAUACUUUUAACUGAUUUGCAGUUUCAAUGUCAUUAUGAAGCUAGUGUAUUUAUUAUGCUAAAUCAUCAUAAUAAAACUAGUAGUAUCAGUAUGAAUAAUCAUUUAACAAAUAACAAAUCCCCUAUCUUAUUUAAAUGGACUACUUGUUUUUGUACACCAGCAUGUCAAAAUGUUGUGAUCAGAGAUAGUGUAACUCCGAAACAUUGUUAUCUUCAAACUUCUUCAUCAAUACUUCAACCAGUUGAAUUAACAUACACUUUAUUAAGUAAUGAAAACUCAAUGGAUCUACGUCGUUUGCAACAGAAUCAAAUGGAUGAAUUCAUUGUUGUGGCUGAAGCAAAUGGACCAUAUUUAUCCAAACAAACAAAUAUAAAAUCGAGUUUAGACACUGUUAACUACACUGCCAUUGUCACAUGGCAUCCUGUUACAUCUACUGGACAUUCAAAAAGUGAAUCAAGACGUUCAUCGAGAACACUGAAAAAUCGUACACCAAGUAUAAAAACUACAAAUCCAGAAAUACGUGGUGUUCGAUUAACUUGGGGUCCAAGAUUAUAUGAACCAAUAGAAUAUGAAGUGUACAGUAAUAUUAUUCAACCUCUUAUGGAUCCAGAAAAAACUCAGUCUAAAGUUUUAGAUUUAAAUGUCCCCGGUCUUCAGCUUAAAGGACUUAAGCAAGAAACAUUAUACAUUGUUCAAGCUCAAAUGAUUAGCGAAAAAGAAGAUGGACCAAUUUCAACUAUUUAUUUCAUGACACCAACUAACAAGAAUAAUGCACUGCCCAAUUAUCAGUCUGUUCAUGAAAAGAAUAUAAACCUUAUAUCCAUCAUUAUUCUACUUCAAUUCAUCUAUAAUAUUGUAUAAAUGACUAGAACGUGAACAAAAAAUGGUUAUUAUAUAGUUUAUAUUCAUUUUUUGGUAUCCUCAUUCUGCAUGAUUAUCUGAUAUAUACUACUUAAAUUCUGUAAAUAAAUUGAUAUGUAUACAUAUCCUUAUAAGUUAUAAAAAGGUAAUCCAAUAACAUCAUCAAAUGUACAUGAUCUUUUGAAACAUUGAAUUCUAUAUAAAAAUACAACAACAACAAAAAACUGAAUGAUUACAUUGACAAAACAAAAAUAACCAAAACUAUAAUUCAUUACAUUCUCUAUAAUCUGAAUGAUUUCCCAUAAACAUUAUUAUACACAAUCCCAGAUAUAUGUAUAAAUACUACAAAAAUUAUUCAAUCGAAUUGUUUCAUACUACUUCAUUUUAUAAGAAUGAAAAUUUUAUAGAAGACGAAAAAGAAGAAUAAGAAGAAGAAAGACUCCACUUCCUGAAUCACUAUAAUAAUACACUUCAGAAAUAAACAUAGUUCAAUGUUCCAAUUCAAUUAUUUGUUCAGAAAACUUAUAUGAUUUAAAAUAUUUUUCAUUAUUAUUUCUGUUAUAGUUUUUUUUCUUCUUUGAAUUUUAAUAAAAAUAAAUAAAUUCUAUUUGAUC